UGUGAGGCUUUGAGAUGGAAAUGAUAAUAUGAUAAUGGUUUUGGCCUUAUUCAAAGGGAGAGGGAAUGGAACGGCGUACAAUCCAAGAUUAGGUGUUUGCAAAAUCCAAAAUUGCCAUCUCUCUGUCUCGUUCUCACUCUCACUUUCCAUUUCCAAUGAGACCAACCAAACCAUCCUCAUCCUCAACCUCAACCUCAACCUCAACUACUGCCAUGAGACUCAUUGUCCCUUUACAAGGCGUUGUCCAAGGCAGAGGAGGCCUCUUCUUCGGCUCCGUCAUCCCUUGUGCCCUCUUCUACAUCCUCCAGUUUUACUUCAAAACCCGCCAUCGUCAUCAACAUCCUCCUCCUCCUUUUUCUCCGCCGGACGAAGCCGCCGCCGCCGCCAAUGAUAAGCUUCCGGAGCUCUCCGUAUUGCCUCGCUCUCUCUCCCGGGCCCAUCUCUCGCCCACCGGUUCGGCUUAUGUCUCCAGUCGGGCCAAUUCUCUAACAGUUGACUCUCUUUACGACAACGGUUUACUGAAGGCCGCAGAGAAUCCCUACCACGAGAUUCAUAAUCCAGACGGCGUUAUUCAGCUUGGUUCUGGCGAGAACAAGCUAUGCGUGGACUUGGUUGAAGAUUGGAUUGAGAAGAAUGCUAAGUUGGGGGAAGGAGAUUGCAGGGGGCUCAAUAUAAGCGGGAUUGCAGCCUACCAAUCUUUUGAUGGAUUAAUGGAGUUGAAAGUGGCUGUAGCAAGUUUCAUGUCCCAAGCUACCGAAAAUUCAGUUUUCUUCAACCCCUCACAAAUGGUAAUAACUGCAGGUGCAACCCCUGCAAUUGAGAUUCUUAGCUUCUGCCUAGCAGAUUAUGGAAAUGCAUUUCUUGUUCCCACGCCUCAUAGCCCGAGCUUUGAAGGGGUUGUAAAAUGGCGAACUGGAGUGGAGAUAGUACCCGUUCCCUGCCGCAGCACUGAUAACUUCAAUUUAAGUGUAAAUGCACUUGACCGAGCCUUCCACCAGGCAAAGAAACGUGGUCAGAAAGUUCGUGGAAUAAUAAUAACGAAUCCCUCAAAUACUGUUGGCAAUCUGCUAACUCGUGAAACACUAUGCAGUCUUCUGGACUUUGCUAGAGAGAAGAACAUCCACAUCAUCUCUAAUGAAAUAUUUGCAGGGUCUACAUAUGGAAGUGAUGAGUUUGUGAGCAUGGCAGAAAUCAUGGAAGCUGAAGAUCAUGACAGGGACAGAGUUCAUAUAGUAUAUGGUUUAUCGAAUGACCUCUCUGUUCCAGAUUUUAGGGUGGGUGUUAUCUAUUCCUAUAACAAGAGUGUCCUGGCUGUUUCUAGAAAAUUGUCAAAGUUCUCGUCCAUUUCAGCUCCGACUCAGCGGUUGCUUAUCUCCAUGCUCUCAGAUACAAGGUUUAUACAAAAGUUCAUUGAGACUAACAGAUUGCGGCUUCGGAAAAUGUACAACACCUUUGUGGCAGGAUUGAAGCAGUUAGGGAUUGAGUGCACUAGGAGCAGUGGUGGAUUUUACUGUUGGGCUAACAUGAGUAGGUUAAUGCGCUCUUACAAUGAAAAAGGGGAGCUCGAGCUCUGGGAUAGAUUGCUGAAUGUUACUAAGAUCAUUGUUACCCCAGGAUCCUCUUGUCACUGUAUUGAACCAGGAUGGUUCCGUUUCUGUUUUACUACAUUGACUGAAAAGGAUAUUCCUGUGAUUAUGGAACGGAUACAGAAAAUUUCUGAAGCCACAAAUUCAUAGUUUAUAUGGCAUCAGUUACUUCUGCAAAUUUAGUUGGUUUACAGAUUCUUUAUUCUUUUGGAGAAACUCACAUCAUGGAUUUAAACAUUCCUAGGAGGAACCAUCAGUCAUCAAGGAGCAGUUGAAUGAAUAGGUGCUAUGCAGUGUGAUGGGGUUGCUUCAACAUGAUAGGCUGUAAAGUUAAGCCUACACAUUAGGACAUUUAAUAAAAUGGAUAGUCGGAGCCUCGUAGGAGACUUAUAUUCAAAUCAAACAGGGUUCUCUGGUUUCAGAUUAAUUCAUAAUCAUGGAAGAAUUUGUACUGAAAUCUACUGAACAAAAAGGUUAUCUUGUAGGUGGCUCUGUUAGCGCUACCAGCUUAAUUGGAAAGGGAAGAAAGCAAGGUAAAUUACAAGCGAAACCAAAGUUUGGAUACGGGUUCGGUUUUCUCCGAGCUCUAUAUAUUUUGCUUUUAGUGGGAUUUUUUUUAAAUUAUUAUUUUUAAUCAAUGCUGCAAGGUUUAGCUGUUUUAUUAUUUUGGUCCGCCCUCCAUAAGGAUGGGCCGAAUCAAAUGUGGAUAACUUAAGCAAAAAAGUGAGUAUCUUUGCUUCGUUCGUGAUGCUUGUGUCAUCCCUGGAUCAUGAUAACUGAGAUUCUUGCAAUUAGACAUGAAAUGAAAAGAUGAUGUUAGUGUUAUGAAGAGUCUUUGUAAGUAAUUAUGUUCUGCAUGACUCGUCGAAGGAAAUUG